AUGCCCUUCUCUCUUGGACGAGCAAUUAGCAACCUCACUCAUCACCACCCAACUAAUCCCGCACACCUAAAAAUGGCUUCUGCAUCUCUGUCGCCUCUCCACCCCGAGGUCCGCCUCAUCCCCCGUCUGUCUCAGAACCGUGGACAUGCCAACCACGGUUGGCUUAAGACCUUCCACACUUUCUCCUUCGCGAUGUACUACGACCCGAAGUUUGAGGGCUUUGGUUCGCUCCGUGUUAUCAACGAAGACCGCGUCGAGCCCGGUGAAGGCUUCGGCACUCAUCCUCACCGUGAAAUGGAGAUCUUCUCCUACAUUGUGGGCGGUGAACUUGAGCACAAAGAUAGCAUGGGCAACGUUGAAAUUAUGAAGCGUGGCGACGUUCAAAUGACCAGUGCCGGGACUGGUAUCCGUCACUCUGAAUACAACCGCAACAACAAGGAGCAGGUUCACUUCUUGCAGAUUUGGUUGCUUCCCAACAAGAGCCGACUCACACCCUCCUACUAUACCCGCCACUUCACUGAUGCAGAGAAGCGCGACAACCUCCUCAAAGUCGUAGCCCCUGUUGAUGCAUCUGAUGUUUCGGACGCGCGUGAGGGAAGCGGGCCGACUCCCGUACACGCUCAACUAUCCGUCUAUGCGUCAAUCCUUUCUCCUGGAAAGACCGUGACGCAUACUUUCCCUGAACCGGCCGCUGGCCAACCCGCUCGCAAGGCAUACGUCCACGUUAUCCAGACUUCUGGAUACAACACCGAAGCCUCCAAGGGCGCCAAGGUUCAACUAAACGGGGGCCUGGAGCUUGGUGAAGGAGAUGGCGCUUUUGCUGGCGCACGUGGUGGCGAGAAGAUUCAAAUCGAAAACAACGGAGACCACGAUGCAGAAGUUCUCGUUUUCGACUUGGAGUAG